AUGGCCAAGAAGCGAAAGCGCACCAGCGUCGCUUCGUUCGUCCACCACCUCGAGCGUGCCUCCACCUCAUCCCCGGCCUCGUCUCACGCCGCCGACGAACAAGCUGCGGCGCUGAACCUGGGCGCCUAUCAUCCCGAACUCGACCUGGACUCGCUCAGUGCUGCAGACUGUUCCGAGUAUGAGGAGCUGCUGCCAAAGUGUCUGGUGCACCCAGCCAUGUUUCCGCCAAACAUGCUCAAAUACUGGCGACACCGCUUCACCUUGCUGUCAUCGUACGCAGCGGGAUGUCUGCUGGACGAGCAGUCGUGGUAUUCUAUCACGCCGGAAUCGGUGGCAUUCCGCAUAGCCAAACGCUGUGCGACGGACGGGAUCGUUGUUGACCUCUUCGCCGGUGCGGGUGGAAAUGCGAUCCAAUCCGCUUUCACUUGUAACCGCGUCCUUGCCAUCGAAAUCGACCCGCUCAAGCUCCGACUCGCCCGAUGGAAUGCGAAGAUCUAUGGCGUCGAGGACAGGAUCACCUUUGUCCAAGGAGACAGCAUCGAGCUCCUUGACGUGCUCGUGGCUUCAAAGUCCAACUCAACGGAUCCAGAAGACAAGGUAUGGAAGGACAUCACACACGCAGAGAUUGCCGCGGUCCAGGCCGUAUUCCUCUCUCCACCAUGGGGUGGCGUCCAGUAUGCACAGAACCCCACCGCUUCACCUUCGGCUGCACCGUCUACAUACUCGCUAAGCUCGAUUCAGCCCGUAGAUGGUUCCCACCUCUUUGCGCGCGUGCAAGCGGCGUUCAACACCUCGAACAUUGCCUACUACCUUCCGCGCAACACGGACCUCGAACAGCUCCACCACCUCGCCCAGCACACCUUGAUCCCACCAUACAAGCCCAACGUCAAGAUCGAGUACCAGUACGUCAACAAUGGCACCAAACUCUCCAGUCUCACCGCCUACUAUGGCAGCCUCGCCGCCGACUGGAACGACGAGUCCGACGACUGGUAUCCCACUGCAUCCUAG